AUGCAAGAUGUGGGUAGAGAAGACUGGUCCAAAUGCGAUGAAAGCGACUCAACUACAAAUGAUAAAAGAACGAAAAACACGCCACGCUGGCAAUCUUCACUAUCCCUCGAUGCAGUUUCGAUAAAUCCUGACCGUCAAAUAGAUAGAGAUCGGCGAGAAAACCACCGGAGCAAAGUCAAGCAGCGGCCGGGACAAUACCAGGUCGAAGGCCGUCUCAAGAUCCUCAAAAGCGGGCCUCCAGUUUCCCGUGGGUCGGGUCGCUUUCCGUUUCCUGAAAAAAAAGGUCGCUACUCCGAGCGCGUCGGGUCGGGCUCACCGGUCUACGUCUCCGCCGUUCUUGAGUAUCUCGCCGCAGAGGAACUUGACCUCGCCGGAAAUGCGGCCAUAGACAAUAAGAAGACCAGAAUCGUGCCGAGGCAUAUACAGCUGGCGGUGAGGAACGACGAGGAGCUGGGGAAGCUGUUGGGAUCCCUGCGAAAAAAGAUGAGCUCUGCAACCACCAAAGGCGGCCGUGGCAAGCCCAAAUCGGCAAAAUCCGUUUCCCGUUCGUCGAAGGCCGGCCUCCAGUUUCCCGUCGGCAGGAUAGCGCGUUUCCUCAAGACCGGUAAAUACGCUGAGCGCGUAGGAGCUGGUGCGCCGGUCUACCUCUCUGCUGUUCUUGAAUACCUCGCCGCUGAGGUUUUGGAGCUUGCCGGUAAUGCUGCUAGGGAUAAUAAGAAGAAUAGGAUUGUGCCAAGGCACAUUCAGUUGGCGGUGAGGAAUGAUGAGGAGCUGAGCAAGCUUUUGGGGCAUGUGACUAUUGCCAACGGUGGUGUUUUGCCCAACAUUCACCAGACUCUUUUGCCGAAGAAAGCCGGAGGGAAGGACAAGGAGAUUGGGUCGGCCUCGCAGGAGUUUUAG